UCGAAAAAAUUUCGAGGUGUCAGACAACGCCAUUGGGGUUCUUGGGUGUCAGAAAUUCGCCACCCUUUGUUGAAGAGAAGGGUUUGGCUCGGGACAUUCGAGACGGCCGAGGAGGCCGCGCGGGCCUACGACGAGGCGGCCAUUCUAAUGAGCGGUCGAAACGCAAAAACAAACUUCCCUCAAGAAAUGGGCUCCGUCAGCAAUGCCUCCACGUCAUCCUCGUCAUCAUCGUCCACGUCAUCGCUGACAGCAGCAAAAGCGGCUUCUCUCUCCUCCAUCCUCAGCGCCAAGCUCCGUAAAUCGUGCAAGUCUCCAUCUCCUUCACUCACCUGCCUAAGGCUCGACACAGAAAGCUCGCAUAUUGGUGUAUGGCAAAAACGGGCCGGGCCGAGAUCCGAGUCCAGCUGGGUCAUGACCGUCCAGCUCAGCACCAACAACAACAACAAUAAUAAUAUUGAUAAUGUUAAUCAGAGUCCGCCAGUUGUGGUGGCCGGAGAAGAAGAAAAUUCGCCGGAGGUGGCGGCGGUGAGAGAAGGGAUUGACGAGGAAGAAAGGAUUGCGUUGCAGAUGAUUGAGGAGCUUCUCAACAGGAACUGAUUAAUUAAUUAAUCAAAUCAAGAAUUAUUUUACGUGGUAACUAUAUAUAUUUAUAUAUAUAUGUGCAUUUUCAUUUUUUAUAUUUUAUUUCAUGGUACUAUUAGGUUUCGUAUAUUUUGUUUGAAUGGAUUUAUAUAAAAGGUAUUAUGCGAUACGUUUGGGGUUUAUUGUGGUCUCGAUUUAGAUAAAAAUAAAAUAAGCGGUAUUUAGCCACGAGAGGUCAACUGUCUAUAAUUGUGUGGUAUAAUUUGUGUACGUGUAUGUAAGUGGGGCUGAAAAAUAAACAAAUGUAUGUUGUUCGAGAAAUUUGGUAUUGUGAAAGUGGGAUUUGGUAUGUGAUUGUGUAGUGGGAUUUGCUUGUUAUGGAGUAUAUAUUUG